GCCUCCCGGACAGCCGGGUCCCCGCGGCCAGGACAAAGCCAUGAAGCCGGCGCUGCUGGAACUGAUGAGGAUGAACAGAAUUUGCCGGAUGGUGCUGGCCACUUGCUUGGGAUCCUUUAUCUUGGUCAUCUUCUAUUUCCAAAUCAUGCGGAGGAAUCCCUUCGGUAUGGACAUCUGCUGCCGGAAGGGAUCUCGGAGUCCUCUACAAGAGCUCUACAACCCCAUCCAGCUGGAGCUGUCCAACACCGCCAUCCUGCACCAGAUGAGACGGGACCAAGUGACAGACACCUGCCGGGCCAACAGUGCCAUGAGCCGAAAGCGUAGGGUGCUGACCCCUAAUGACCUGAAGCACCUAGUGGUAGAUGAAGACCACGAACUCAUCUACUGCUACGUGCCCAAGGUGGCGUGUACCAACUGGAAGAGGCUCAUGAUGGUCCUGAGCGGCCGGGGCAAAUACAGCGAUCCCAUGGAGAUCCCAGCCAACGAGGCCCACGUGUCGGCCAACCUGAAGACCCUGAACCAGUACAGCAUCCCAGAGAUCAACCACCGCUUGAAAAGCUACAUGAAGUUCCUGUUCGUGCGGGAGCCCUUCGAGAGGCUAGUGUCAGCCUACCGCAAUAAGUUCACGCAGAAGUACAACACCUCCUUCCACAAGCGCUACGGCACCAAGAUCAUCCGCCGCCAGCGGAAGAACGCCACGCAGGAGGCCCUGCGCAAGGGGGACGAUGUCAAGUUCGAGGAGUUCGUGGCCUACCUCAUCGACCCCCACACGCAGCGCGAGGAACCUUUCAAUGAGCACUGGCAGACCGUCUACUCGCUCUGCCACCCUUGCCACAUCCACUACGACCUGGUCGGCAAGUAUGAGACGCUGGAGGAGGACUCCAACUAUGUCCUGCAGCUGGCCGGAGUGAGCGGCUACCUGAGGUUUCCCACCUAUGCAAAGUCCACCAGAACUACCGAGGAGAUGGCCACGGAGUUCUUCCAGAACAUCAGCGCCCAGCACCAGACACAGCUGUACGAAGUCUACAAAUUGGACUUUUUAAUGUUCAAUUACUCAGUGCCAAACUACCUGAAGUUGGAAUGAAGGGGUGUGGGGUGGUUGGGGAGAGGGAGAGAAUCCUGCUUUUUAAUUUAAGAUUUUUAUUUGUCAGAAGAAUUCUAUGGAUACUGG